GAGAGAAACCGAGGAAAGAAGAGGAGAGAAAGAAAAGAGGGGUUAGGGUUUGAAGAGUAGACCCAAAGUGUUGCUCUAAAGUGCAUUUUUUCUCCAAUUUUCAAUUGAAUCUUCUUAGAGCUGCACUCAAUCCAAGUGACACUAUGGCUGGGAGGAAUGAUGCUGCGAUAGCUGCUGCUUUGGAAGCGAUGGCUCAGGCUAUGCAGAACCAACCGAAUGUUGACGAGAAUGCUGGAUCUCGUAGUUUGGCGACUUUCCAAAGGGAGAAUCCGCCGGUGUUCAAGGGUACGCAUGACCCUGAUGGUGCUCUUGAUUGGUUGAAGGAGCUCGAGCGAAUCUUCCGUGUUAUGGAUUGCACUCCUGCUCAGAAGGUCAGAUAUGGAACUCAUAUGCUGGCUAAGGAAGCUGAUGAUUGGUGGUUGGAGACACUUGCUAGGUUGGAGUUUUCAGGUGAGGAAGUCACUUGGAAUGUGUUCCGUAGGGAAUUUCUGAGGAAGUACUAUCCUGAAGAUGUUCGGGGUAAGAAAGAGAUAGAAUUCCUAGAGUUGACGCAAGGGAACAAGUUUGUGACCGAGUAUGCUGCCAAGUUCACUGAGUUGAUUAAGUUCUAUCCUCACUUUGAUGGCGAAGGUGCUGAAUUUUCUAAGUGCAUCAAGUUUCAGAAUGGGUUACGCUCGGAGAUCAAGAAGGCUGUUGGGUACCAAAAGAUCCGUUUGUUUUCUGAUUUGGUUGACAGUUGUAGGAUCUUUGAGGAAGAUAGUAAUGCUCAUCACAAGAUGGUUAGUGAUAGAAGGGGCAAGAAUCAACAAAGCCGUGGGAAACCGUAUGAUGCUGGUAAAGGGAAACAAAGAGUUACUUAUGGUCAGAGGUCUAGUGGGGGAGAUGCUCCUGCUAGGAUUGUAUGUUUCAAGUGUGGUCAACCUGGUCAUAAGAGCAAUGCUUGUACUUCUGAUGCGAGGAAGUGUUUCAGAUGUGGUAAGAUGGGACAUACAAUGUCUGAUUGCAAGCAUAAGGACAUGGUAUGUUUCACAUGUGGCGAAGAGGGACACGUUGGUAGCCAGUGUCCAAAGAAGAAGGCACAAUUUGGUGGAAAGGUGUUUGCUUUGGCUGGGACUCCUACAGCUAGUGGAGACCGACUCAUCAGAGGUAAUCCAGAUGAGUAGCUGUUUCCGCUUAUAGUCGAGUUUUGGGUGUCAUUGCUCUGAUAUGUAGCACUUGGGGGGAAAUGAACACUUGCUUGAUGUUGUUAUUUGUUUAUUGAACCUUAUGAUGUAUUUGAGGUGUUGUUUGUAUUGUUGCUUUUUAUGAUUCAAAAGAUGUUAUGUCUUAAUUGCUGAAUCAUUGUGAAUCUGUUGCAUGUUGAACCUAAGUUUGGAUUAUGCUAUGAAUACUAUAUUAUUCAUAAGUUGAGAUAUAUGUUAUGAGUUUUGUUCACUCCAAUCCUGAUAGUGUUAUGUAUUAGUUUGAAAAGCAUGACAGGUUUAUGUUUAUGUUGAAUGUGUGACAUCCUGAUUCCGUUGAGAAUUUUUAUACUCUGAUAUUUUCCGCAUAAAUGCUUGGGGUAGA